AUGACGCCACAUUUGUCAGAGUCGCCACGUCACGAAGGAUGUUUCUGUUUGACGGUGACUAGUUUGAAGUCGAAAAUCUGUGGUGGAUCCUCCUUCUCGUCUUCCGAAUUCUCCGACGAAUUCGGUGACGUCGUCGUCGUGGCGGCUUCUGAAUUCUCAGAAUCCGCAGAUUCCGCCGAGAUUCCCGAGUCGUCGUCUGGCAUCGAUUUCGCCAUUUUUUCCGGUCUUCCAGCUGGUUUUGCACCAAAAAUCGCACGAAGUCCGCCGAGAAUCAAGCCGACUGGCACAAUCAUAAUCAUCCAUGGAAUCGAGGCGAGGAAUGUGAUGGAGAGGAACGUGUUGGCUAGGUGGUGA